AUGGAGGAGGAGGCUCCUCCCAGCAGGGAAAAGCCCUUCAGGUGCUUGGAAUGUGGGAAGAGCUUCAGGAAGAGCACCGACCUCCUCAAGCACCAGCACAUCCACACUGGGGAACGGCCCUAUACAUGUGGGAAUUGUGGGAAGAACUUCAGUGACCGGUCCACCCUCCACACCCACCGUCGCAUCCACACUGGGGAACGGCCCUACACAUGUGGGGAAUGUGGGAAGAGCUUCAGCCUGAACACCACCCUCCGCACCCACCAGCUCAUCCACACUGGGGAACGACCUUACAAGUGCUCGGAAUGUGGGAAGAGGUUUCAGCGCAGCUCCAGUGUCCUCCUGCAUGAGCGGACGCACACGGAUGAGAGGCCCUUCCGCUGCACCGACUGCGGGAAGGGCUUCAACCGGAACUCCAACCUCGUCGCCCACUGGCGCAUCCACACCGGGGAGAGGCCCUACAAGUGUGGGGAGUGUGGGAAGAGCUUCACCCAGAGUUCCAAUUGGACCAAACACCAACGGACCCACCAGUGA